UUAAAAACCACCAAGUUUCACUUUUGCUCAGAGCUGUGACGAGAGCAAAAAUACAUGUUGAAAUCAUGGAAAAGAGAGAUACCCCAUCACCAAACCCAUCCUUUCCUGGUUCACUACAGAAAUUAUCCUCCAUGUUAUACAGAACUACUGUGACAUCCAGAGAAAAUGCUGGCAUCAAAAUACAACUAUUGAUUGAUUCAAUUUCUAAUGCAUCUGUUGAUGUCAUCGUUAACAGCAGCAAUAAACAGCUCCAGCUUCAGAGAGGUGCUGUCUCCAAAUUUAUUCUCAAUGCUGCUGGUUCAGAGAUACAAAGCGAAUGUAACCAGAAAUAUCCUCGAGGUAUUUCUGCAUCUGAAAUAGCCAUCACUAAAGGAUACAACCUCAAGUGUAAGAAUGUAUUUCAUCUGGCAUUACGCUUUUGGAAUGACGAUUCCCCCGAUUCAAUUUUAGCAAACUUGACUCAAAUAAUAACCAAUUGUCUAAAAACUGCUGAGAGAAUGGGAGCAAAAAGCCUGGCAUUUCCUAUAUUAGGGACUGGAAAAAUGAGGUACCCCAUUGAAGAACUACCUGGAAUUAUGUAUGAAGCAGUGAAAAACUACUCAAAUCAAAAUUCAAGCCAGAUCAAAGACGUUUACUUUGUUGUUUUUCCUACAGAGACAAAAAUAAUAAAGAUAUUUACUGAAUAUCUAAAUAGACAGAAAAAUGAAGGAUUUCAUUCAAAAGAUACCUCAUCACCAAACCCAUCCUUUCCUGGUCCACAACAGAAAGCAGCCCCAAUAACAUCCACGACUAAUGUGAUAUCCACAGAAAAUGUUGGUGGAGUUAAAAUAAACCUAACGAUUGGUUCAAUUACUAAUGUAUCUGUUGAUGUCAUCGUUAACAGCACCAAUGAACAUCUCCAGCUUGACAAAGGGUCUAUCUCCAAAUUUAUUCUCAAUGCUGCUGGUCCCCAGAUACAAAGCGAAUGUAACCAGAAAUAUCCUCAAGGUAUUUCUGCAUCUGAAAUAGCCAUCACUAAAGGAUACAACCUCAAGUGUAAGAAUGUAUUUCAUCUGGCAUUACGCUUUUGGAAUGAAGAUUCCCCCGAUUCAAUUCUGGCAAACUUGACUCAAAUAAUAACCAUUUGUCUGGAAAAAGCUGAGGAAUUGGGAGCAAAAAGCCUUGCAUUUCCUUACAUUAGGAGCUGGAAAAUUGAGGUACCCCAUUGAAGAAUUACCCGGAAUUAUGUAUGAAGCCGUGAAAAACUACUCAAUUCAAAAUACAAGCCGGAUCAAAGUUGUAAACUUUGUGGUUUAUCCUCAAGACACAGAAAUUCUGAAGAAAUUUAAAGAAUAUUUCCAAGAAAUUUCAACAGAUGGU